AUGGCUUCCUUCAGCUUUGGAUCGGCAUCCUCAUCGCAACAGCCCAAGCCUGGAGGUUUUACCUUUGGAAAUCCUCAGCAGCCAGCAACAGGUUCUUCCACUGGUUUCUCAUUCGGAACAUCAACAGCUCCAACAACAACAACAACAACUGGAGGAUUUAACUUUGGAAGCACACCAGCUAACCAACCUACAGCAACCGGUACAACAGGCUUUAAUUUUGGGACAACAGGAACAACCACUGCACCAACAACAACAACUGCUUCUACAGGUUUUAAUUUCGGAAACACACAGCCAACAACUACUGCCACAGGAUUUAAUUUUUCUCAGCCAUCAUUAUCAACUGCAGGUGUCACGGGAGGAUUUCCAACACACCAACCAAAUGUGAUGGGAUUUAAUUUAAUUUCUCAAUCUUAUAACAACAUUGAUACUAUGGUAAAAACCAUUGAAGCACGAUAUAAACCAUCUAAUGACAAUCCGAAUUGCAAAUUUUUACACUUCUUUUACAACGUUGUUGAAGAAGCUAAACAACCAAUGACGCUUGAAGCUAUCAAGAGAUACUAUGCAAGGUCUAUUAGUCCAGAGGAUUUGAGGCUUGCAAUUGAGAAAAAUCCUGAUCCUGCUCGAAUGGUUCCUGUACCAGCAAGAUCAUUUGAUGACAUUGUAAAAAGAGUGGAACAUCAAAAGAAGCGAAUUGAAUUGAUGAAUGAAAUGUUGAAGUAUCUUGAUAACAAAAUGAGCGAACAUAAGCGAAAGCAUGAAGUUGAUGUAGUUAGUCAAAUAGACGACAUCAAACAAAGACAUGCAGACCUUUCUCACAGAAUUCUCAAAAUUCAGAGCAAGCUUGAGGUUUUGACACAAUCAGGAAUUGGUAUCAGGAACGAGGACAUUUCACUUCGAAAUAAAUUGAAUACCUUGCAGAGAGAAUUGCAUAAGCCAAACCAAUACAGAGGAAGAUUGAACGAGCUGGCACCACAAGUCAAUUAUUACUUGCAGCAAUCCAACCUACUUUUGAACACGGGAAAUGUGGUUGACGACCAAACAAAAGAAAAUGUAAAAGACUUUUUAGAACAGCAGACAAAUGGACUGAAUCAUUUGCUAUCUAUUCUAAAGAAAGAUAUCAAAGAUAUCAAUUAUAUCAAACAACAAGUUUCUACAGAUAAGCAAAAAAAUCGCUCAAUAAAUUUCUGA